AAUGUUGACAAUAUGCCACAAACACAAAUACCUGUUGCAUCUUCUAGUUCAUCUAUUCAAUUUUCAACUCCUAGUCACCCAAGAAAAUCCAAAAAAAAACACUCAAACGAAGAGGUUGAAAUUUUAAAGCAACUUGCUGAUUAUAAAGAUACUAAUUCCUUACUAGCUGAACAACUAAAAAACUAUAAUGAUGAGUGGACUGAGAAAAAA